AUGAAUGUUGCCUGGGAACGUCUCAUUCGCUUCGUCAGCACGGAUGACCUCGUCCUGCUUGGAGAACCUAUCCUGCCUCGCCCCGAUUUUGAUCUGGGAAACACUGGUGCAGACACUCGCUUGAAAGCCAGAGUGAUCCGAGGAGACGAUAUCUACGACACCACCGGCUCGACUUACGUGACGGACGAAGUCGUCAGCGUGAAAAAGCUGCUCGGCCCCCUGCACUCUUGCGAUGUGCCGAUAAUACGGUGUGUCGGGCUGAACUACGCAACUCAUAUUCGCGAGGCAGGGAGGCAGGUGCCACCGUUCCCGUCAAUCUUCUUCAAGCCAUCAACUUCGGUUAUCGGUCACGAUGAGAAUGUGAUAGUUCCAAAGAUUGCCCAAGACGACCAGGCAGAUUACGAGGGAGAGCUAUGUGUCAUCAUCGGGAGGGACGCCAAGGACGUCUCCCAGGAGGAAGCCCUGCAGUACGUGGCCGGCUACACCGUCGGCAACGACAUCUCAUCCCGGAAGCUGCAGCGAGACCCGGCCCUCGCCGGCUCCGUGCCGCAAUGGGGCUUCUCCAAGGGCUUCGACACCUUUGCGCCGUUGGGCCCUGCUCUGGUUUCCACCAGGCUGAUCGCCGACCCGGCGACUCUGCAUCUGCAGACGAGGAUCAACGGUCACUUGCGCCAGGAUGCAGGGAUAGAUGACCUCGUGUUCGACGUGAGGUGCCUGAUAGCCAGGCUAUCCACGGGCACAACGCUGCAGAAGGGCAGCGUGAUCAUGACUGGCACCCCAGGGGGCGUCGGUGCGGGAAUUAAGCCGCCGGAAUUUCUCAGGCCGGACACAGUGAUGGAAGUGACUAUAUCUGGGAUAGGAACGUUGCGAAACGGGGUCGAAUUUGCAUGA